UUCUGUUGCGCCGUUUAUGCUCGGUGCGCACCCAGGGCAGCGUAGAAACGUGAAGGAGCACUUCAUAACUAAGAGAGACAACCAUUCAAAUGGCGCGCAUUUUCAUUGUUACUCGUACGUCCGAGUGCAAGGAAAAUGGAGGACGAUGCAAGGGAGAGAUCGAACUUCGCUACCGGUCUGAUCGAGAACAGAGCUAAGGAGGUUGGAGUGGCUGCUUUUGACUUGAGGUCAGCCUCACUGCAUCUUUCUCAAUAUAUUGAAACCAGCAGUUCAUACCAGAAUACAAAGACUUUGCUGCAUUUCUAUGAUCCGAUAGUGAUCAUUGUUUCUCCAAAUAAGCUUGCACCAGAUGGUAUGGUUGGAGUUUCAGAGUUGGUUGAUAGAUUCUACUCUUCAACCAAGAAGGUUGUGAUGGCCCGCGGUUGCUUUGAUGACACCAAGGGAGCUGUGAUGGUUAAAAAUUUAGCUGCCAAGGAGCCUUCAGCACUUGGUUUGGAUACUUAUUCUAAGCAGUAUUAUCUCUGCUUGGCAGCUGCUGCAGCUACCAUCAAAUGGAUAGAAGCAGAGAAAGGGGUCAUUAUUACGAACCAUUCAUUGCUAGUCACUUUUAAUGGGUCUUUUGACCACAUGAAUAUUGAUGCUACCAGUGUUCAAAACUUGGAAAUUAUUGAGCCACUGCACUCUGCCCUUUUGGGCACAACCAACAAAAAAAGAAGUCUGUUUCACUUGUUCAAGUCAACAAAGACUAUUGGAGGGAGUAGACUUCUGCGAGCCAAUCUUUUGCAACCUUUAAAAGACCUUGAAACUAUUAAUGCUCGUCUAGAUUGUCUGGAUGAACUGAUGAGCAAUGAACAGCUGUUCUUUGGGCUUUCUCAGGUUCUUUGCAAGUUUCCAAAAGAAACUGAUAGGGUACUUUGUCACUUCUGCUUUAAGCCAAAGAAAGUGAAAAAUGAGGUCAUGGGAGUUGAUCAAGCUAGAAAGAGUCAAAUGUUGAUAUCAAGCAUUAUUCUUCUCAAAACUGCUUUAGAUGCCUUACCUUUGCUCUCAAAGGUGCUUAAGGAUGCAAAAAGUUUUCUUCUUGCUAAUGUGUACAAGUCUAUAUGUGAAAAUGAAAAAUAUGCCUCCAUUCGGAAAAGAAUUGGUGAGGUGAUAGAUGAAGAUGUGCUUCAUGCACGGGUUCCGUUUGUUGCCCGCACUCAGCAGUGUUUUGCUGUGAAGGCUGGGAUAGAUGGACUUUUGGAUAUUGCACGGAGAUCUUUCUGUGAUACUAGUGAAGCAAUACAUAACCUUGCAAACAAGUAUCGUGAAGAUUUUAAGUUGCCAAAUUUGAAACUCCCGUUCAACAACCGACAUGGGUUUUACUUUAGUAUUUCCCAGAAAGAUAUCCAGGGAAAGCUGCCUAGCAAGUUCAUUCAGGUCCUGAAACAUGGGAACAAUAUACAUUGCUCGACUUUGGAACUUGCUUCUCUGAACGUUAGAAACAAGUCUGCAGCCACAGAAUGCUAUACACGCACUGAAGUUUGCCUUGAAGCACUAAUGGAUGCUAUACGGGAAGAUGUCUCCCUUCUCACAAUUCUUGCAGAGGUCUUAUGCCUUUUAGAUAUGAUUGUAAAUUCAUUUGCUCAUACAAUAUCCACUAAGCCUGUUGACCGAUAUACUAGGCCAGAAUUUACAGAAAAUGGCCCAUUGGCAAUUGAUGCUGGAAGGCACCCUAUUCUAGAGAGCAUUCACAAUGACUUUGUUCCUAACAAUAUAUUUCUUUCUGAAGCAUCAAACAUGGUGAUUGUUAUGGGUCCAAACAUGAGUGGCAAGAGCACUUAUCUUCAGCAAGUGUGCCUUGUGGUCAUUCUUGCGCAGGUUGGUUGCUAUGUUCCUGCUCGGUUUUCAACCAUAAGGGUUGUUGAUCGCAUAUUUACCAGGAUGGGGACAGUGGACAACCUUGAAUCCAACUCCAGCACGUUCAUGACCGAGAUGAAGGAGACGGCUUUUGUCAUGCAGAAUGUCUCAGAAAGGAGUCUGAUUGUAAUGGAUGAGCUUGGGAGGGCUACUUCUUCCUCUGAUGGAUUUUCAAUUGCAUGGAGCUGCUGUGAGCAUCUUUUAUCACUCAAAGCGUAUACUAUAUUUGCUACCCAUAUGGAGAACCUGUCAGAGUUAGCAACAAUCUACCCCAAUGUGAAAAUUCUUCACUUUCACGUUGACAUAAAAAACAACCGUUUAGAUUUCAAGUUUCUACUCAAGGACGGACCACGACACGUGCCACAUUAUGGCCUUCUAUUAGCAGGAAUGGCAGGGUUACCAAACUCAGUGAUUGAAACUGCCAGAAGCAUCACCUCAAAAGUAACAGAAAAGGAAGUGAGAAGGAUGGAAGUAAACUGCUUGCAAUAUUGUUCAAUCCAAAUGGCUUAUCGCGCGGCUCAACGGUUGAUAUGCUUGAAGUACUCCACCCAGGAUGAGGAUUCAAUCCGGCAAGCAUUGGAGAAUCUCAAAGAGAGCUACAUUGGCGGAAGGCUGUAGCACUUUGUCACUUUGCUCUCGUGUAGAAAGUACUAUAAAGCUUUGCCCAUUUAAAGAACAAAUUUCUUAUGGGCUGUGUGUCAGGACCACAUCACCGCAAAUGCAAUUGUGACCAAUUUGCUGAAAAGAUCAUCUCUCGGAAUCAACACAAAGCCAUAAGGUGCUGCAAGAGUUUGUUCUUUGCAUAAAAAUGGUGGUAUUUUGGGAUUGACAGGUAA